AUAGACCUGGCUGCUGUGCUAGCAGAUUAUUGAGCAGUGCCUUCGUAUUUGCGAAGAUACCGAGGCGUAUCUCAAAUCAUUGGACGCUCGAGAAUCUUCGCUAUCCCAGGACUUCCAUCAGAGCGCCACAGACAGCGCUGCCGUGCAUAGUAGUACUCUUACCCAGAGUAUUGAACUGAACCAGUUACCAACUGCUGCAGGUGCUGAACCUGAAGCAUCUAUGGACCGAGAUGAAGCAAUAUUCCUGCCACGAGACCGAACAGAGCUUCGUCCCGGAAUGAUUGACGAACCGCCUCUUUCAAUUCUCAAUCGACUUUCCGAUAAUCAGACUGAAUCUGGACGGUACCGAUCUGCUGAUCACGAAUACAAUGCUGAUAUUGAGAGCCUAGUUCAUGAUCAGAGCGAAAUUGGGAGUAUAUUCUCGGAAGGAUCAAUACUGUCUUCCCAAUCAUCCCAGAGCGAGAUAACGUCCAUCGCUGUUUCUGAGCUAGCCGAGACUUCUGACCGACAAUGA